UUUUCCACGCGAUCGACCCAAACAGCUUCGAAGUCUUCUCUCCAAGUCAAGAAUUAAUCUUGGUCACAAAGGAAGUUUCUUAUCUACUCCCAACCCUUAUUUAUUAAUUUCUUUUCUUUUCUUUUUUGUUUUUCAAAAGAUGAAGAAGUCUUCGUUAAAUGGAGAAGAAGACUUCAAAAGACUACUGGAGUAGCUAUAUAUAUAGUCCCUCUUUUGCCGUCAAUAUUGUUCUUCAAAGUCUACAAAUUUUGAUCAUCUGAAACUCCGGUAACAUGAGAUCAUCGCACUCCGGCCGCCAUGAGCCAACUUCAGUAGAGAAUAUCAAAGAAUUUGACUUCUUUUCGGCCGCAAAUCAUUGCGAGGUAGCUGAUCAGAAAAGGCCACCAGAAAUACCACCGACGUCACUGACACCAGAGGAACCAUCGACUAUUGAUGCGGCCGGAUUGAAAGAACUUCUUGACCUGAAUAACGUCGGGCAGAGAUGUAAAAUUGACGAGCAACCCGUAGUCCAAUUGAGCAUGGUACGGGUGAAGCUUGAGCAGUUAAAGGAGGAAAAUCGGAAUCUGAUGGGCAUGUUGGAUCGGGCGACCAAGAAGUACACAGAUCUUCGGAGUUACCUACGUUUGGCAAUGCGACAACCAGCGGCCCGCAUUAAUAAUUAUCUGCCGAAGGAUGAGAGAAAUGAUCAAAUAGAUGGUUUGUGGCAACCCAGCAGGCAGUCCAAAGACGAGCCAGUGCCAUCUAGUUCAGUAUUGGAUAUUAAUGAGCCUUCCCACUCAGACGACAGGACACAAGAAAGAGUGGCUUCUCCAGAAAAGAAGAUGGUCGAAGUAAUAUCAAAGGAAAUGGAUCAUGAUCAUAUGAUCCUCAAUAUUAAUGGAAGGAAACGUAUGUCCAGAGACAGAGACGAUGAAGGUGGUGUUGAUUAUACAUCCCAAGGUCAGGGGGACAAUAUACCAUCUCAUGUUUCUUGUAAGAAGGCAAGGGUGUCCAUAAGAGCUCGAUCAGAUGCCCCUUUGAUGAUCGAUGGAUGCCAAUGGAGGAAAUAUGGACAGAAGAUGGCAAAGGGUAACCCUUGUCCACGUGCUUACUACCGUUGCACCAUGGCCAUUGGGUGUCCAGUUCGUAAGCAGGUGCAAAGGUGUGCCGAGGAUAUGUCUAUCCUCACAACAACCUACGAAGGAAACCAUAACCACCCUCUCCCACCAUCGGCCAAGUUCAUGGCUAGCAUAACAUCAGCAGCGGUGAAUAUGCUACUUUCCGGCUCAACCACCACCAACAUUAGCCCCUCAAAUUCUGGCCUCUUCGCCUUAAUGUCCAAGUAUCCCUCUACCAUGGCCACCCUCUCCACCUCCGCACCACAUCCCACAAUCACACUCGACUUAACCCACACACCUCAUGACCACAUCACGCAAUCGAUCCAACGUCAAUCUGUCUCACUACCCUCCCCAUCCUUCGUUCCGCCUCCGCCGUUGCAUGGAUGUGAUCCACAGCAACUCACAGGGCAUCCCUUGUACAUGUCAUCUAUGCUGCCGACAUUAUUUCCAGCAGAUAAAGACAAGCACCAUCGUUCCAUGGUGGAUAUGGUCAGCGCAGCCAUUGCCACGGACCAUAACUUCACAGCAGCACUAGCUGCCGCUGCUUCCUCUAUCAUGCGUUCCACUCAGAGCAAUAGCCAUGGUGGGCACGACGACCCUUCUUCUAAAAUGCCUGGCUCCCCACAACUUCCUCAGUCCUGCAACACUUUCUCCACAAUUUAGUACUCCACAAUAAAUCACUUUCAACGGUAAUCUUCAAUGGCUAUUUGUACUGUUGUAAAUUUGUAUUCCCCACGUGCAACUACAGUCUACAGGGUAUGUUAUAAUUCUUUGUCUAUAUUAUAAACCAUGGUAUGUAAUCAAUCAAAGAAUAUACAAUUCAUCACUUUAAACA